AGUUUGAGAAUUAUUGGAGGAGGCCAUACGGUCCAUGAGGCAUCUCCAAAAACCGAGCUUUUUCAGGUUUGCUGCUAGAGUUCAGCUAGGAGCCUGGAUGGUGGAUUUCUCCAAGCAAGGUGACCAUUCCAGUAGACAUUUCUAUCUUAUCUUCCAUCCAUUGAGCUCAAGUCUACCUAUGCACGGAUCCUACCAAAACCCCGUGAGAUAGGCGAAGAGGUUUGGUUGACCUUGGGCCACACGAUGAAGUCUUCGGAUAUUGACCAGGACCUCUUCACCGAAAGUUACUGCAAAGUGUGCAGCGCCCAAUUGAUAUCGGAAUCCCAGCGGGUGGCGCAUUACGAGAGUCGGAAACAUGCGAGCAAAGUGCGGCUUUACUAUAUGCUGCAUCCGAUAGACGGAGGCUGUCCAGCAAAGAAGCUACGGUCAGAAAACGGCAGUGAUGACGACUCAGUGGAUAAGAAUAAAUGCUGUACCCUCUGUAAUAUGUCCUUUACUUCGGCGGUCGUGGCUGAGUCACAUUAUCAAGGGAAAAUCCAUGCCAAAAGAUUAAAGCUGUUGCUCGGGGAGCAGCCAGCUAUAAAGGCCACAGAGACCAACCUGAGUUCCCUAAAACAGCCACACAUGGACAGCUCCCCUGUGGUCUCUCCGCCCCAUCAGAGAAGAGACUCGGACAGGUACUGCCAGCUCUGCGCGGCUUGGUUUAACAACCCGAUGAUGGCGCAACAGCACUACGAUGGGAAAAAGCACAAAAAGAACGCAGCCCGGGCUGAUUUACUAGAGCAGCUAGGGAAGACGCUGGACUUGGGAGAGUUGCGAGGGCUGAAGCGGAGUUAUACCUGUAACAUCUGUAAUGUGACGCUAAACUCCAUAGAACAGUAUCAUGCACACCUGAAGGGCUCUAAACAUCAGACUAACCUGAAGAACCAGUAAAAAAUGCAGUGAAAUAACUCAACCACAGCUAUUUCUUCUACAAGGAAGAGCCUUUUGCCUACGGAUGGGACACUGUCUUGGACAAUGAACGCUCCCUGUGUGGCAUCAUUAAUGUAUAGCUAACCUUUGCUUUGGACAAUGAAUUGAUUUUCCUUUUCGUUUUUUAUUUGGUGGUGAGUAACAAGACUCAGAUGGAUUUUUUUACCCUUUGAAGAUAAAGUCUAUAUAUUCAACAUGAAAUCAAGAGUAUGUUUUAAAAAAUGUAAUAUGUAUACAUUUUUAAAAAACACACACACAUAUAUAUCUCCCAGGCCGUCUGCAGAGACCAUUGGAAUAAAGUAUUUUUUUCAUAUUUAUUAUUAGAUUUCUUCACAGAGUUUAAGAUACUGUUAAAUUACCCAUGAUUGUGAUGUAAGUAACAGUCUUCAGCAAGAAAUAAACAUUAUAUCUCUCU